ACCAAUGGAGGUUUCUAUGAAAGGCUUCACGCUCUGUCUUUUGCUCAUGGCGCUGCUCUCAGCUUACUGCGCUACCUCAAUUAACGAGGGCAAUGUAGGAACGGGGAGCUUGCAGAGCUCGAAGAACUCGUCAAUGGUGGAGAGGUCGGGUGACACUCUGAUGAAUGAGCACGCCGUUGAUAAUCCAGAGGAGAUAGCUUCUAUGGUUGAUACGACCAUUCGCAACCAUACAGCAAGAAGGAAUCUGAAUUUCUUCUCAUGUGGAUCUGGCAACCCGAUCGAUGACUGCUGGCGCUGCGACAAGCGCUGGUUCGCCCACCGAAAGCGCUUGGCAGAUUGUGGCAUUGGUUUUGGCCGCAAUGCCAUUGGAGGCCGUGAUGGAAGGUACUAUGUUGUCACUGACCCUGGCGAUGAUGACCCUGUUAAUCCCAAACCCGGCACUCUUCGCCACGCUGUUAUCCAAGACAGGCCAUUGUGGAUAGUCUUCAAGAGGGACAUGGUCAUUACUUUGAAACAAGAGCUUCUCAUGAAUAGCUUCAAGACCAUAGAUGCUCGUGGUGUCAAUGUUCACAUUGCUUAUGGUGCUUGCCUUACACUACAGUUCAUCACCAAUGUAAUCAUCCAUGGCCUCCAUAUCCAUGAUUGCAAGCCAACUGGGAACGCCAUGGUUCGCAGCUCGCCGAGUCAUUAUGGAUGGAGGACCAUGGCUGAUGGCGAUGGAAUCUCAAUUUUUGGUUCAAGUCACAUUUGGAUUGACCACAACUCGCUGUCCAAUUGUGCUGAUGGACUCAUUGAUGCCAUCAUGGGGUCAACUGCUAUUACCAUUUCUAACAACUACUUUACCCACCAUAAUGAGGUUAUGCUACUAGGACACAGUGACUCCUAUGUUCGGGACAAGCAGAUGCAAGUAACGAUUGCCUACAACCAUUUUGGGGAGGGUCUAAUCCAAAGAAUGCCAAGGUGUAGACAUGGAUAUUUCCACGUGGUAAACAAUGACUAUACUCACUGGGAGAUGUAUGCAAUUGGCGGCAGUGCUGAUCCCACAAUUAACAGCCAGGGCAACAGAUACCUUGCCCCUCAGAACCCUUUUGCUAAGGAGGUGACAAAGAGGGUGGAUACAGGGGAAACAAUAUGGAAAGGGUGGAAUUGGAGGUCCGAGGGAGACCUUCUUCUGAAUGGAGCAUAUUUCACUUCAUCAGGAGCCGGAGCUGCGUCAAGCUAUGCCAGAGCCUCGAGUCUUGCCGCCAAAUCCUCUUCUUUGGUCGGAACCCUCACCUCUGGCGCCGGUGUUCUUAGCUGCCGCAGGGGCUACAUGUGUUAAAAUACCAAACAGGAUGAUGAUAUAUAAAACAAAGGGAAGAAAGAAAAGUUUUCAUUCUUCUUCUCCCAUCAUUGUUUUACAUUUGUUACAGUCUUGUAGAUGUAUCCCAUUGAGUUUGCAGCAAUUGUGGUGACACCGUAUGUCGUGUCUCGUCCCCAAGUUAGAUAUCAUAUUAAAAAAAAAAAUUUGUACAUGUUGUCACAUACGUCGACCGUUAUCAAAUUGAUAACAGUGAAUUGCUUAAAAGAAGCCGUUUACAAGGCUUCAAUUAUGCAAAGAGCAUUUACCCCUUAUAAUUUCUAUUGGGGGGAACAAACCGUCAAAUCCUAUUCCACUCUCUUAGUCUUACUAUGUAGUUUCUUUUUUCCCCCAGUUAUAUAGCGUCAUAGAGUUCGGCCUUUGUUUGCCCCUGUUUGUAUGCUCUUCGUGAUUUGUGCCAAACAAAAAUGGGCCAGAAAGGGGAAACAGUUUGUAUUAUUGGAACAGUUAUUGCAUUUGUCUACAGAAUUUUAUCCCUUUUAUA